CAGUUCUACGGUUUUAAAAUUGUCGUUGCACCGCAAUUCAAUCCAUUUUGGGGCGAAAAAGUUAGCGCUAGUAGCUCGGUUCCCAGACGACAGAGUCUAUCCCUUUAAGACCCACUUGCCAAGUUGCCGUAGCGGCAAUGCCCCCUCCGCAGCCCAAAAAUCUGAUCAACGAUAUUGUUAACAAUUUCGGUGCGGAAUAUUUGGGCAAGGUAUUCGCAGUCCGUCGGAGGCGCCCCACAAAGAACGGAUGCGCACAGCGCAACUCGACAGUCAUCGACUAUGAGGGCGAUGGCGAUAUUACUGCAAGCAUCCCCCAUGCCCUCCCACAUCCUUCACCGAUCCUUCCUUCAAAUUCUUUGGCAGUGCGCCCUGUUUCUGCAACGAGUGAACAAGGACUCGACGUCUCCACCAAUUCAGCCGCCAGAUCCUCCUGGGGCUUAUCCACUGCUCGGGAGGCUUCCGACACAAGCGCAAUUCCAUUUGCAAAUCCUCCAAUGGAAGUUGCUAUUGCUAGAUUACUGGCCAUACUUCAAACUAUAUAUAGACACGGUCAGAAUAAGGCGGAUCUAGAUUGUCUGGCAUUACGACUCCAUCGACUAGUAAACUGGUAUCUGUGGAACGCCCCGACUGCCCUGGAUCCAUUUGAACAAUCUCGGAGUAAUUAUUUAGUCAGGAUUCUGCAAGAGACCUCUGCCCAGCUGAAAAUUUUGCACAAGCGUGGUCUUGCGUAUACAUCCAUCACACAAGCUAUUGUGGGAUGCUCGAUUGCAAUUGACCGUUAUCUGCUGGGGUGUCUGUGGUUUCAGAUGCAACAAAGUCAAGAUAAUGUGCGCAAUAUGUGGGAAGGUCGUCAGAGUCACGAACAUCCAAUACCGGCGAACAUCUACACCUCAUUACAGCAACUUAAUAAGAUGAUCGAAGUUCUGUUUGAACGUGACUCGCUUGCAGCCCGAAAUGGAUAUAUUGAGGAGGGACAGUACGACUUGUCCAUUGACGGAGGCACACAAGUAACCCGCCUUACAAGCCAUGAAUUGUCGGGCAUCGAAGCAGGCACGAAUAUUGUUAUGAGGGUUAUAACUGAACAGCAAGUGACCUCUGGAAUCGACUACCAAUGUCAUUUUUGCGGCGCUGUGAAUCACGUUGUCGUCGAGACUUUCUUGCAUUUGCUCCUACUAUUCCGAUGGCAGGCUGGUUACUCAAUUGAUUGUCGAACAUGCAGACGACGCUUUCAGAUUUUCCGCGUUCCUGCCAGUGCUGAGCCAAGCCCUCAACGUGUACCACGCGGUUCAUUGCACGACUACCUGAAACGAAAGUACUUCGAUUUAUCUGAACGUCAAAAGUCCAACAUUCUAUUUGAGGUGGCGGAUGGUAUUGAAUAUUUGCAUAAACAGGGCACUGUGCAUGGCAAUCUAACGGGUGACACGAUAUUCUGCGAUAGUUCAGGCCGUGUACGCAUUGCAGAUAAUCAGAUAUUCAGCGAGCAGCUCCCAGGAGAUGCGAGGUACAUUGCGCCUGAGUUUGUUUCUCACGGUUCAACAGAGGCACCACGGCCAUCAAAAGCCGGAGACGUAUACUCAUAUGGCUGCGUCGCAAUUCUUGUGUUGUCAGGGAAAGUGCCGUACUGGUGGAUUUCCGAAGAGGGCCAAGUGCUUUCAGAAAAAGUGAAGGGCAUAGGACCUUUUCGUCCGAUUGUGGAGAUGAAUGAAGUGCAACUGAACUUGAUACGACAGUGCCUAUCUACGGAGGAAUCCCGUCCUUCGAUCGAGAAGGUCCGCUAUUUAGUCUUAGUCCUAGGUUUUGGUGCCGUUGAUCUGACGAACUCAAUCCAACGGCUCAACAAGGAUUACCACAAUUCCGGAGGAUCUGCAAAUGUUCAUAAGUGCCAGCUCCGCCUAAGAGAUAUCGAUGCGAGCGUCCCACAAUUGGUUUCCCGGUACCAGUUCUCUUCUAUGACAGCUUGCCAUGACGUUGCAAUCAAGGAAAUAAAAUUUGGUGAGAAUCCAGACGUGUUGAAGAUCAUCAAUCGAUUGUUCCGAGAGAUCAAGCUAUGGUUAAAACUUGAACACGAAAAUAUUGUUCCUCUCUGGGGAGUUACGGAUGGAUUUGGUUCCCUCCCAGCACUCAUCUCGCCAUGGUUCGAAAAUGGCACUUUGACCGGAUACCUUCAGCGCAAACAUAAGAUGCUUUCCUACAAUGCAAAGUUUUCACUGCUCAGAGGUAUAGCUCGUGGACUUCAAUAUCUCCACUUGCAGUCAAUCAUCCAUGGAGACUUGAGUGGUAAUAACAUUCUCGUUGACAAGACUGGAAAAGCAAGCCUCGCCGAUUUCGGUCUUUCUGCACUCCUUCCUGAACGAACGAGUCAGGCAUUAUUGCCCACCAAUCCCACGUGUACCGCACAAUACAUGGCGCCAGAAUACUUGAUUUUCGAUGAUGAAGGCAACAUGUCAAUAAUAUUCACUCCGAAAAGCGAUGUUUACUCUUUUGGAGGGAUCAUGCUGCAUGUUUUGGAGGGCAAGAUCCCUUACCAUUAUAUCCGCAGAUAUGAAGCCAUAAUUCACUGCAUAUCACAAGGAAUAAGACCCAAAAGACCGUCUGCACCUGUGGUCAGUGACGUUGAUUGGGAUUUUAUUCAGAGAUGUUGGUCACGAGAUAUGGAGCAUCGACCCUCUGACGAAGACAUUCUGGAAUUCGUGGAGGGACGGGCUGUUUGAAUUCAAUCAUAAUCAACCUUGGAGUCUCUAUGCUUGUCCAUCAUGGGUGAUUGUGAUUCUGUUGGUAUGAGUAUCUGGAAGUUACGAGUAUUUGAUUCGCCCGAUGAUUGGGAGGAUGAUGGUUAGAGUCAAUCAUCGCCAUUUAUGUACUAACUCCCAACCAUAUUGGUCGAGCAGAACUGACG